UUUCUUCUUGGACCAAAAUGACUGAUGGAAACCUUGCCACCUCUACAAAUGGAGUAGCCUCGACGGGCAUUUUGGAUGUCCGACCAGGAAACUGCCUUCAGAACCUGCAGCAGUUGAGUAUCAAAGCACCCAGAUCCCAUUCAGCACCUGAAUAUGGGCCCACACUGAAACUUGGUGCUUUGGAAGAUCGACACAGCCUUCAGUCAGUGGACUCGGGCAUUCCUACCCUGGAGAUUGGCAACCCAGAGCCUGUCCCCUGCAGUGUGGUCCAUGUAAAGAGAAAACAGUCUGAGUCAGAGAUCAUCCCUGAGCGGGCCUUCCAGAGUGCAUGCCCCCUGCCAUCCUGUGCGCCCCAGGUUCCCACCAGCACUGACAGGGAGCAAGUUGUGCGGAAGUCCUCCACGUUUCCCCGGACAGGCUAUGACUCGGUGAAGCUCUACAGCCCUACCUCCAAAGCACUGAGCCGCAGCGACAAUGUCUCUGUCUGUAGUGUGUCUAGCCUCAGCACAGAGCUGUCCACUACACUGUCUGUUAGCAAUGAGGACAUCUUGGACCUCAUGGUCACGAGCAGUUCCAGUGCCAUUGUGACCCUGGAGAAUGAUGAUGACCCACAGUUCAUUGAUGUCACCCUGAGCUCUAUCAAGGAAACCAGUGACUUACACCAGCAGAGUUGUGUUGAUGAAACUGAGGAGGGGAAAAAAUUGAAAAUAUUGGGACCAUUCAGUAACUUCUUUACAAGGAAUUUGCUUGUUAGAAAACAAAAUGCAAGACUUGACACACGAAGAGACUUGGGAUGGAAGUUAUUUGGCAAAGUCCCACUCCGAGAGAAUGCCCAGAAAGAUUCAAAGAAAAUACGAAAGGAAUAUGAAGACAAGGCUGGAAGACCAAGCAGGCCGUCCUCUCCAAAGCAGAAUGUGAGGAAGAACCUGGAUUUUGAGCCACUGUCCACCACGGCCCUCAUCCUCGAGGACAGACCUGCAAAUCUCCCAGCAAAACCAGCUGAAGAGGCCCAGAGGCACAGACAGCAGUAUGAAGAGAUGGUGGUCCAGGCCAAGAAGCGAGAGCUUAGAGAGGCCCAGAGGAGGAGAAAGCAGCUGGAGGAGAGGUGCAGGGUUGAAGACGGCAUCGGGAACGCUGCCCUCACCUGGAACAACGAGGUCUUGCCUAACUGGGAAGCCAUGUGGUCCUCUAGGAAGGUUCGAGACUUAUGGUGGCAGGGAAUCCCUCCGAGCGUGAGAGGCAAAGUUUGGAGCUUGGCCAUCGGUAACGAGUUGAACAUCACCCACGAGCUCUUUGACAUCUGUCUUGCUCGAGCCAAGGAGCGGUGGCGGACCUUCAGCACCGGAGGCUCGGAAGUGGAGAACGAAGAUGCUGGGUUUUCAGCAGCAGACAGAGAGGCCAGUCUGGAGCUUAUUAAACUGGACAUUUCUAGAACAUUUCCUAAUCUCUGCAUUUUCCAGCAAGGUGGUCCAUAUCAUGACAUGUUGCACAGUAUUUUGGGCGCUUAUACUUGUUACCGGCCGGAUGUGGGUUAUGUUCAGGGUAUGUCCUUUAUAGCCGCAGUGUUGAUCUUGAACCUAGAUACUGCAGAUGCCUUCAUUGCUUUUUCUAAUCUCUUGAAUAAACCCUGUCAAAUGGCGUUUUUCCGAGUGGACCAUGGCCUUAUGUUGACUUACUUUGCUGCAUUUGAGGUAUUCUUUGAAGAAAAUUUGCCGAAAUUGUUUGCCCAUUUCAAGAAAAACAACUUAACUCCAGACAUCUACCUAAUCGAUUGGAUCUUUACCUUGUACAGUAAGUCGUUGCCCCUGGACCUUGCCUGCCGCAUCUGGGACGUGUUCUGUCGGGACGGAGAAGAGUUCCUUUUCCGCACAGCUCUGGGCAUCCUGAAGCUGUUUGAGGACAUUCUGACCAGGAUGGACUUCAUCCACAGCGCGCAGUUCCUGACCAGGCUGCCCGAGGACCUGCCAGCAGAUGAAGUGUUUGCAGCCAUUGCCACGGUCCAGAUGCAGAGCCGGAAUAAGAAGUGGACACAGGUGCUGGCUGCGCUGCAGAAAGACAGUCGGGAAAUGGAGAAAGGAAGCCCCUCCCUCAGGCACUGAAGCUGCAGUGGAGCUUCUCUCUCGCUGAAGCAGAUCUCCACAUGGCACUUGUGUGCUUCCAGACUGACACCCCAGAAGGACAGGGGCUCUUUCCACACUGGAUUUCUGAUGCUGGAGUUGGCCUUAAAACAGCUUUUAAAGAAUUACACCCAGGCUCAGCCUUAAGCAGCUCCAUGGACCUGCACACUGGCAGUGACUGUGACCAGCCACUGCAUCUUCCACAUGGGUUAAAGAGGGCAGUGCUUGUGUCCUCCUCCUCUUCAUUUCAACAACAGUCAAUUAAAUUUUAAUGCCAUUAUAACAACUGGUAGAAAGUACAUUACGAUCUUUCUUAGAUGCAUGAGAAAUGUUAUUUGAGAGAUUUCAGAGAUGUUAUUGGCUCAUAUCAUGGAUAAGGAAUUCCUGAUUUAGUUACUGACAUAAUCUGUCCAGAGAUGAAAGGUAUGUUUUAAAAACAGGCCUUGCAGAGUAGUUGGUGGAGAGUGCUCGUGGACUCCUGGGAUUCCACUUGAGCUUCGUGCUGACAUCUGACCAUGUGGCCUUCACACAGUAUGGCAGGAAGGCCGAACAUGCGCCUUCCUGUUACCCUUUCCUGUUAGGAUCCUGUUCUCAGGCACCUGUCCCCGAAUCUUUUGAGCCAGGAUGGGUUGGAGCAGAGGAGAUGUGUGCCAAGAAGACCUGGGACAGGAGAAAUGUGCUCUUUAAGGCAAAGGGCUGGAGAGAGUGCAAACAUAGUUCCUUUCUUGCCUGCUUGUUUCUGGGAGGCUGGGUGGAAGCCUCUGGAAACACUGUCGUGUGGGAGGCUGCUCCCGUGCGUUGGCAGAGUGCCCUUUUUGCCUUCGUCACUUGAGCAGCUGGAUCCAUCCUAAGUGCCAGGGACACCCCUGCCCACAUCUGCUUUAGCAGACGUCUUCACAGACUGCUGUAAGGACUGAAGAGUGAGACAGCCUUACCAGGGUUCUUAGCGUCGACACCAUCAGCCCUUCCCUGUGUUAGUUGAUUUUCCUAAGCUCAUUCCGAAGUGUUUUUCUUGUUUUUCUUGUUCUAGUUUUUCCUAACUUGAACUUCGUAUAAGAAAUUUGACCAUCCGACUUCACAGAAAUGAGCAGAGUGAUGGAAGGACAGUCCAGUGUCUCUGGAAACAGGUUCCUAGGGGUGCAGUCAUCCAGCCAAUGCUUAUGCGGAUAGUCCACACCCUCCUCAGCCAUAGACACUACCCCCAGAAAUCAUCCACCCAUGGGGAGCCCUUGACUCUGACUGCAGCAUGUGGCAGGGAGACUCAGGGUGCGGUGGAAGGCCUUGUGAUGACACGUGUGUGUUCCCUCCAUCUGUGGUGCUUGUUGGUGAUGGUCAGUGCAGCAGCAGGCCGUCACCCUCAUGCCCUCUGCCCCACGUUACCUCUUGUCCUUUUCCCUGCAGUCUCAUCUGUAGUCUCACGUGAUUUCUCCAGGGAGGCUGCAGAGCACCCUAGACACAGCCCUCUGUAUCAGCCUUGAAAGGCUGACUUGCCUGCCCCUGGGAGGAUGCGGUCUUCACUGGCAGUCCAGUGACUUCCAGACCCAGCCAGCCUGUGAGAAGUGGACUGCUCAGCCCAGUGUGCUGUCCUUCCUUGCACAUGUACUUUGGUUCCAUGACAUGGGCAUCUGUUCUCUCAAGAUGUAUAUAUUUUCUUACUGUACAUAAAGACAUUCCUUAAGUCAUACAGAAAGUGUUGUGACAAGGGGGCUUGGGCUUGUUCAAAAUGCCAUUGUGAAAUUCCCCAUGUGUUGACAACCCACCUCUUACCCUUUCCUGUUAGACAUAGAUCUGUGGGCACUUAGGAGUUUUCAAACAAGACUCCAUACCAAUCUGGAGCACUGACCACUCUCUAGUCCAGGUAAGGGUUUCACACCUCUUCAGGGCUCCUGUGAGCCUGAUGUGUCCUCCUCAGAGGCCGUAGAGUUCCUCGUUCCUCUGCACUGAGGGCCCUGAUACUUGUUAUUUAGGCAAACUGGAAGCCAACCCUGACACGUGCCCUGCAGAAGUCUGCACCUCCCAUCUCACCUGCCGUUGACUUUCAUUCCCCGAUUUGAGGGCACUGGGCAGCUCGCUCUUGGGAGCAGCUGCUCAGUUUUUGACUAUUUUGGAUCGCUUGCCGAUAGGAGACUUCUGGUAGCACUUGCUGCGUAUCAUGUUUUAAUUGCUUGUACAGUUAAUCUUUAAUUUUAUUUAGUAAAGUGUAUCAAAGUAGGACUUUUUGAAUUGUAAAUACGUGGUUUUAUUAAAAUAAAGUCAUGUAAAAUUGUCA